UGCAGAACAGCAUGUCUACCAUGAAAUAACAAUGGCAUAAUUUCCCUCCAUUCUCUCUCUCCCACAUUGCAAGCCUGUUCGCGCUUGUAAUAACCGUAAUUCGCCAUUAACUGGUCUUUGGGAGCUGGUUAUGGAUUCUUCAGAGGAUGGUGAUGCACUGAAGAAAGGGGAUUCUGAUGGCUCAAUUUCAGAACUCCUGAACUUCACCUGCUGUGCUCAAACCCUAAUUUCGGAGCUCCUGCUUUUGUCUGGUAGAGUUCCUCAUGAGUUCGGUGAUAGUCGCUUUGAUUCCGUGUUGUUCGAUCUCAGAUACUUGGAUUCUCCAGAUGAUUUUGAGGAGAAAAUCGAGUCAAAUUCACACUUGGCAGCACUUGAUGACCAACUUCGUGAAACUUGUUCUGUUUUCUUGCAAAGGUUUCUCCUGCUCAUGAAUGGCAUUGCUUUGUAUUACAGAGACCUGGUCAAGUAUCUGAAUGAUUUGCAGGAAGGUGUGUAUGUACAAAGUACUCUGGAUAGUGUCUUGGAGAUGCAGCGCUGUCGGCAGUUGUUAUCAGAAUCGUUAGUGCUUUUUGGAGUUCUAUUGCUCCUACUGGAGCAUCGUAUGGGUGGCACUUUGCGGGAGAAAUUGCUUGUUGCAUUUAUGCGCCUUGAUGGUUCCUUUGGGACUUCUAAUCUUGAUCUCAUACGCUUGCUUUGUCGUGCAUAUGCACCAGGACCUGGCUCCUCAUUCCCCUCUUCAACUGCUUUCAUACCUUCUCAAUGUGUUCUUUUAAAGUCCUCAUUUGGCUCUAUGAUUUCAGUCCAGAAACCUGAGGAUCUUUUUGCUAGAUUCCCUUUCCCCAAAACUGUUGUGGAUUCGAUAGUUUCUUGCUUGCUGCAUGAUGACCUCUAUUCUCAGAUUUGCCAUUAUCCAGACCCUGAACAUCGCACUGUGGCAUUGGCAACUCAGGCUGGAUACUUAUACAUUUUGUUAUGCUAUUCCCCUCACUUCUUACAUGAUGCCUUUGUAAUGCGUGAGAUUGUUGACCGCCUCUUUAAGGAUAGCUGGGUGGUACCUAUAUUUAUGUACUUUACAAUUGAUCUAUCUUUGUCUUGGGAGAAAUACAAGGUUGCAAGAUCUUCACUGUCCUUUUGUCUUUCUCCGGCAAAUGUUCGUGAUAUCUGCCAGAUGCACUAUGCUAAGGUUAAGGAUCUUUCGUCGAAGAUAACUUCUGCCAAGUCGGACAUUACACAUAGUGUAGAUUAUGUUUUGAGUAACUCUCAAACUCUUCUUUCUUUGGUUAGGAAUUGCAAUGUUUCACUCCGCUGGCUCUUUCUUCAUAGAUCUACUUCAAACAAAAAACUGCGGGACAUUGUCAUUUCUGUAGGAGAUGCUCAGCAAAUUGGGGAAGAUGCAAUGAUAAUACUGUUUCUUGAGACGUCCAAGGUUGAAUUUGAGGUUAAGAAAUUAUACUCAGAGCUUUUGGGAGGAAAGGACAGUCAGUGGAAGCAGAGUAAAAAUAAAGCUGCACAUAAUAUGCUACAAUUAUCUGAAUAUUUGUCAAGUUCUGGGAACCUGUCAAGCGAGUUCAAGGAUGAAAGUCUAAAGGGCUGGUUUGGGGAUUUGUCUUCACAGAUUAAUUCCCUUGAUUAUAAGACAACCACAAACGUGGGUCAGAAAUUGAACCAUAUGAUAUUUGCAUUAAAAGAAGUAGGAAGCUUUCAUCAGAUUGAAGGGGAUUUUCAAGUCAAGCAGCACCUCUGUGAAAUUCAGACAUACUUGCAGGAUAUGUUUAAAACACUAAGUUUACAAAAGAGGACUCUUGAUACAAUCUCUGUGAUUAGUAAUUCGACUUAUGUGUGGGGUUUUGUUGGAAGUUUUGUUGAAAAGUUGCACAAAAGCAUUGAGAAGGAUUCAUCUACUGUAUUGAAGCUGCAACCAUUCUUUCUUAAACUUCAUUCCAUGCUUGAAGCGCCAGUGUUUCGAUUAUCACAAGGGAACAGUGUGGACCUUCAGUUUGUCUCUGAAUAUUAUUCUUCAGAGUUGGUGGCUUAUAUAUGUGCAAUUUUGGAAAUCAUACCGGUCACAAUGUUUAAUAUUCUGAAUGAUGAUUUUGCAUGCAAUUUGCAACCCUUGAAUUUUCAGCAUCGAAUGGAAAAGGACAAUCUCCAGAAUCUUUUGGUGAUAGGUACACAGUAUCAACUUGCAAAGGCAGCAACCAGGAUUGCGACUUUGUCAAAGGGUAUCUUGUGCAUGUCAAGGACAUUUCAGGGAAUCAUUGAUUUGGAUGUGGCAAAAUGGUUGGAAAGGGAAAUCCGGAAGGAGCUUUCCAAAAGGAUUAGCAACAUACUAAACUCUUUUCGGUUGCUUCCUAGUGUUAAAUUGCAGGAGCUGGAGGAGAAUGUGCGUGCAUUGAUGGUCUCUUUGCACACACAAUUUCAGUUAUUGGAAAUUUUACUGGGUUUUGUUCAUGUUCAAGGGCAGCAUAUUUGGGAAGAAGAGCUGACCUUCAUUUUGAACCAUAGUUUGCAACAAGAGUAUUGCAAAUAUGUGGAAAGAAGAAAACAAGAUUUGUGCUGUAUGCAAGAAAUCAACAACCUGUCCAAUCCUGAGACUUUCUUGGGACGGUUGCUGCAUCAGAUUCUUCUUUUGACUCAUCCUUCUCAAUCCAUGUUCCUUGAACCUAUGAGUGGGUGGUUUGAUGCUGGAGGUCACGAGCUAUUGGGACUACAUUUCUUUGAUCUAUUUGAAUCGUGUGUCGGACCUUUUGGACUUUCCAGUCUGGAUUGUGCAUUAUAUUUUCUUAUCGUGGGGCAUCUAGAGCAAGCGCUCAGUGGUUUGAGAAGUCUAUUGGACACACGAUUCAUGGAAGACUUUGAAGCCUUGGGUAAUGCAUUGGGGCCUGCUACAUCAAUACCUUUGCUGGGAUUGUCAUCAUAUGAUCGGAUUAUCAAGAUGACUGAGAAAUCAUGGGAGCAAUGGGUUGUUUGUUUGGCUUAUGUUGGACAGCUACAGCUGUUGCGUUGCGUGAUUUCGUCAAAGCUGAAGUCUGCUUGUAAGGUUAAUGCGGGCGCAGUUUCUUUUGCUGUUGAACAGCUAGUAGAUUCCCUUUUCCAUUGUAAUGGCAAGGAUGUUGAUCACGAACGACCGUCUCAGGAAAAAUACACUGAUAUGGAAUCCUUUUUGCAUCAAAUGAACAAGCAAAGAAUGCUAUGUGGGUCUCUCAGCCCAUUGCGUAUCCAAUAUAUUGCAGGGAGCCCACCUUCUCAAAUAGGGCGUUUUGCAUCCAUUGUUACAAUUUCGCAACUGUCUCGAUAUGUGUUGGACAUCCACUUGGGUGCAUUAACUUGUCGAACGAAAAAACUUGUUUUGGAUUUCUGUCCUCUGAUCAUAGGGCUUGGAACUUUUCUUAGGCAGAAUGACUCAUCCCUGAGAGAUUAUGUCAAGUACAUGGGUCAGUAUGUGCGGACACUCGCUGAGACGACCUUGGGACAUUCAGAAAAUCCUUAUAAGAGACCAGUUGACCCAACAUCAGAGGUCUUGAAAUCAGCAUUUUGGCUCAUGUACUUUUGCAAAUAUAUGGAGGUGCCGAAAGACUUGCUAGACUCAUGCUUACCCCCAUCACUGUUGAGCAUUCUUGAAAAUUGAAAACAGCACUCAAAAAGUCAUUUUGAGUUUUUGGAAUUCAUACGAGUCGAAUAAGAUUAUGGUCAUUAUGUUAUUAUGAAAAAUCAGUUUGUCCGAGUAUCCCUGAAAACACAGUUUGUAUCCUCUGAAGAGAUUUCUUUUUAAAGGUUUUUCUUUAGGGAGGACUUUCUAUGUGACUCCACCCACAUAUAUAGUAUAUGUAACUCCUGGUCUUAGCCGUCAGAUUUGAGUCGAUGGUUGAGAUGGUUUGAGUCUAACUGUCAGAUCUUGAUCAGGCGGCUCAUAGUUUUUUUAUCUUUUAUUUUUAUUCUACAAAUAGUUUUGAAGAAAAUUUUUGGAUGUACAUAAAGCGAAUAAGGGUGCACAUGAUAAAAAUAAUAAAAGAAUAUUUUUUGUGGGAAAAAA